GUCAUUUGAUCUUCUGGAUACUGUUACACUGCGCCCCAUUCCUGGCGUUGCUCGCUUCUCGUCUCCUCCUGUAGCUGUUGUAACAGCUCGAAACCUUUCUCGUUCAUUGCUUGUGCAUAGAGUCAAGAAGGAAAAUGAAUAUUUUGUUGCAUCGGAUUCUGCUGGCGACUGUCCUCAUAUUCACGGCUUUUGAGAAGAGAGCACAGAGUGCAGUGUGUAACUCACGCUGCGGCACCGGUAUACAUCACACAGCCGGUUCUUGUCAGUCUAGUGGACGUUGUCUCUGCUGGUGGGGAUUCACUGGACCGAAUGCAGUAUACAUUGUCAGUGGAAAUCUACACCAUCGGAUCCUGGCUGACCACUGCACAGUGGCAUGUACUUACAAUCAAGCCUACUACAACAAGCAAUGUGCUAGUCUUCCAGGGACCAGCACAGCAGCACCACAGACUACGACAACAGCACCACAGACUACCACAGCAGCACCACAGACUACCAUGGCAGCACCACAGACUACCACGGCAGCACCACAGACUACCACGGCAGCACCACAGACUACCACGCACAGCAACAUCUGA